AUGGCAGCUCCUACGUCAACUUCAUAUGGCUCCCACUCGUCCUCUGAUUCAAGUCACCACAACGGCGUCGGUUCGCCCAAUCUGCCCUACGAUCCUCCUCUCACUUUCUCCACCGUCAUCGACCACGACCACAACACCAUCAACAAGUAUGCCGGUCGCCUCCUCCGAGCCAAGGCGCCUCAAGACCGCGCCCGUCUCCUGCGCGAAGUCACCUGGCGUCUCGUCCGCCACGACGUCUCGGAGGACAUCGUCAUGCGGCCCGCUUUCAUCGAGCACUUGGGGGAUGAGGGCGUGCACAUGGCCGAACACGACCGCACGGACCACGAGAGAGCCCGCACCGAACUCCUCGCACUGUUCCACAUCCCGCUCGAAGGGGACGAGUUCCUCGGUAGCCUACGCGCACUGUUCGCGGAGCUGCUGGAGCACAUGAGGAUCGAGUCCGGGCAGCAGAUCCCGCAUCUGGAACACAUGCUCGACCCUGAGGAGAGCCAGCGCCUGGGCAGGGAGUAUCUAAAGACCCAGCGCCUUACGCCCGACCUGGAGAUUGUUGUUGACAAGUCUACGGGCGCCAGAAGGCGCGUGUGGAGGGAUGUCGAGGAGUUCGCGCGCACGGAUCUUCAAAGAUUUAAGGAGAUCUGGGAGGAGCUGAAGCUCAGUGAGGAACCGGUCGAUACGGAAGAAGCUGAAGCAUUCCACAAGAAGCUCGAUCGAGGAAAAUUAUGA